AGAGAGAGAGAGAGAGAGAGAGAGAGAGAGAGAGAGAGAGAGAAAGAUGGCUACAGUCGCGGCGAACGGAGUGCAGCAGCAGGAGAAUGGCUUCAGCACCACGAACAGCUCCAGCAGAAUGAACGGACUCAGCAUCGGGCAGAGCACCAUCCCCAUGAAGGACCACGACGCCAUCAAGCUCUUCAUCGGACAGAUACCGAGAAACCUGGAGGAGAAGGACCUCAAACCUCUCUUCGAGGAAUUUGGGAAGAUAUACGAACUCACCGUGCUCAAAGACAGAUUCACAGGAAUGCAUAAAGGAUGUGCCUUUCUAACUUACUGUGCCAGGGAGUCUGCACUGAAGGCUCAGAGUGCUCUUCAUGAACAGAAGACUCUGCCUGGGAUGAACCGGCCCAUCCAGGUGAAGCCAGCAGACAGCGAAGGACGGGGAGAAGACCGGAAGCUGUUUGUAGGGAUGUUGGGGAAGCAGCAGAGUGAGGAGGACGUGCGCCGGCUGUUUGAGGCGUUUGGGCAGAUUGAGGAGUGCACCGUGCUCCGGGGGCCUGAUGGGGCCAGUAAGGGCUGUGCCUUUGUGAAGUUUUCCAGCCAUGCAGAAGCGCAGGCAGCCAUCAAUACCCUCCAUGGUGGACAGACCAUGCCGGGGGCAUCCUCCAGCCUGGUGGUGAAGUUUGCAGAUACGGAUAAGGAGCGGACAAUGCGCAGGAUGCACCAGAUGGCGGGCCAACUUGGCAUUUUCAGCCCCAUGACCAUCCAGUUUGGGGCUUAUGGAGCUUACACACAUGCUCAGAUGAUGCAGCAGCAGGCUGCUCUUAUGGCCGCCACACAGGGCUCGUAUCUCAACCCCAUGGCAGCCAUAGCGGCCGCCCAGAUGCAGCAAAUGGCAGCUUUCAACGUCAACGGCCUGGUGGCUGCCCCUAUGACGCCCUCUUCAGGCACCAGCACACCUCCAGGGAUCAGUGCCACAGCAGUGCCCAGCAUCGCUGCUCCCAUUGGGGUGAACGGCUUUAGCGCCCUCCCACAGAGCAACGGCCAGCCAGCCUCCGAACCCAUUUACACCAAUGGAAUUCACCCGUACCCAGCACAGAGUCCAACAGUGACAGACCCUCUCCAGCAAGCAUACGCGGGUGUGCAACACUAUGCAGCAGCCUAUCCUGCCGCCUAUGCGCCAAUCAGCCAAGCGUUUCCCCAGCAACCAGCCAUCAUCCCCCAGCAACAGCGCGAAGGGCCUGAGGGCUGUAACCUGUUUAUCUAUCACCUGCCGCAGGAGUUCGGGGACGCCGAGCUCAUGCAGAUGUUUCUGCCCUUUGGCAACGUCAUCUCUGCCAAAGUCUUUGUGGACCGGGCAACCAAUCAGAGCAAGUGUUUCGGCUUUGUGAGUUUUGAUAACCCAUCCAGUGCUCAGGCUGCCAUUCAGGCCAUGAAUGGUUUUCAAAUUGGCAUGAAAAGACUCAAGGUCCAGCUGAAGCGGCCAAAGGACGCCAACCGCCCUUACUGAUCCACGAACAUCCACAUCCAGGAUGAAGGACUACAACACCUUAUUUCCACAAGUGCAGUAUAAGUACAAAAGACUUCUUCGCUCUGCCACAUAUCAUGAAAGAAGAGUGGUCCCUUGAAUCUGCGGGAAAAUCGCCAAGAGAUUUUAGACUGGGUGACGGAAGGAACAAGGAGGAUUUCUUUCUUGGCUAAAUGUUUUCUUUCUCUCUCUCUCUUUUUUUUCUUUCUUUCUUUUCGUUUUUUAGCUUUGGCAUCUGCGGAAGCAGAAGUUUUGCAGAACUUUUUUGCUGCUGUUUUUUAGACGAGAUGGAGAAAAAUCUUCAUAGACACAUUAUGCUCAAAGCAUGCAUACACAGAUAUACAAUCACACACACACACACACACACACACACUUACACAACAUACCCUUUGCACUUAGGCAGACAUGCAUAAAAAGAAAUGCACUUCAGAAACACAUUUUAAAAAUCCUCAUGUAAAUACUGAUGUCUACUCACAACAUGCAUACACAUACAUAUACAAAAACACACACGUAUACAUACAUAUACUUACACUCACACACACACACAUAUACACAUACACACCAGCCUGCUGCCAUUUUGGUUUUUGUGCCUAAACAGGUGUUGUGGUCUGCCAGAAAGCUCUGGAGAGAUGGAAGAGAGAACUGUAAUCCAGGAUUAUUUACAUGCAUCAUUCCUUAGGAAAUAGGGACCAAAGGACUACAUGCUUUUUAAAAGAAUAUAAAUAUAUAAAUAUAUAAAUAUAUACAUAUAUAUUUAAAAAAAAACUCUUACCUUGUAGCUGCAAGUAUUACGAUUACAAAUAGUAGUAGUUCAAAGAAAUAAUUAAGUCAGUAUCCAGUGGCCUAUGUGAGGUGAAUAUUAAAGGAAAUAUUGAUUCUAAAGAAGCAGAAGAAGAAGAAGAAAAAAAAUGAGGGGAUAAAAAAGAAAAACGAAAAAAUAUAUGAAAAAAAAAAUAAUGAUGGGGGCUGACAGUUUGCUCUGGCUGCUGUUUUUGGCACCGGAAAGUAGUUUAGAAACGUAGAUAAUAGCCGUAGAUUUGCUAAUUUUUGCUGUUUUUUUAAACAAGAAGAAAAUACUUGAACUUGUAAAGAAAGGAGGAAAAUGUACAAAAAAGAAACAAUAUGGACACAAAAUGGAGAAAAACACACACACAAAAAAAAAUCAACAGUAACAACGACGAAAAAAAAUAAUUCCAAGCCUCUCUCCAGAAGAUCAAGAACAUAUUUAACCAACGGACAAAACAGCUCAUCACAAUCCCUUCACCACGCCAUCCAACAGCUACUGCUCGGACAGAACUGUUCAGAAGGGAAACCGCAGAGAGAGAGGAAAGAAAGAGAAAGCAAACAAACAAACGUAAAAGAAGCGUCUAAAGUCUGUACUUGACAGGGUGCAGGCUUCCCAUAAGCCUUUUUGUUCAAGCGACAAUCCACUGUAAAGACCAAGCUACUGGAUACGGUGUGUGUACUCUCUUCUUUUCUUUAAGCUUUUUUUUUUUGUACUAUGACAGGGAGAGUGCGCUAUCUAGACACUUAUCUCACCGUCGCUCCUGCAGUGAGGAGAAGGGUGGUCCUCAGAGAGCGGACUUAAUGAAGUGAGGGACGGAGGAAGAGGACGAGGGAGUCGAUAGCUACAGAAACUGCCAAACGCAAAACGAGACUUGGUAAUCGAGAAGUAACGACUGCAGUG